UAAGACCGCCUCGGCGUCCGGUAUGAAAGCGCGCAAUAAAAUCGACCAGGCGAGAGAAAUGAUCAUUAUUAUUGUCGGUCUUCUUCAAAUCACCUGAGUGACGCACAACUUCAACAGUGUAUUCGGGCCCGCGUGUAUUUAAUGAAAAGUUUGUUGACUUGAGCCGAGGAACGGGGUCCAUAUAUCAGCUGAGGUUGCCUUCGAAUAUUCUCAAAGUUUGAUGAGUAAGAGUGAACCGUGAUUUUACAGGCCAAGCCCAGAUCAGGUUAAUCAAGAACGCCAUGUACAGACAGACCAUCCAUGCCAUCGGAAAGUCGUAACAGCGAAAUUAAAGAAAGCGAGCGAGAAAACAUUAUUUCCUGCUUGUGUUUGCGUGUAUAGCAUGAUAAUUCCAUAUAAUUGUCUCGAAUGACAAUUUUUCACUAAGACAUGUGAAUAUCUCCUUACAGUUUACGUGUUGCCAACGCUGACACUCAUGUCUCUAAUAAUACGAGGAUGGCAACAACAGUAUUGGACGAUGUCAACGGAACGUCCGUCUACGAAGAAAGCACGAAUGUCCCCGUCGACGUACCAAACCUUCCGCGGUGUAAGUGGCCUGCUCCACAUCCAGAUUGGACCGUAGCCUUCGCAGUCUGGGGAAACUCCUGGUUAGCUCAUAUCAUCAUCUUUGUCAUCGCCUAUGCCAUUCUUGCCAUAUACAGUGGUUCCGUCCUAUGCUACCUUGUUUGGAAGCGUUGUAGCGCCGAACGUGGAGCCCACGAUGGGGUUCUUACAAAACGGUUGAUUAACCUCCGAAUCGCCCUUCAUUCUCUGGUGUUCGUUGCCUGCUCCGCCAGAACAAUGUCCCUGGGAAUCGACCCUUACGGAACGAGGAGGAUUCUUAAAUGCCCAAGUGGCGUGGUUCUUUGGUCUUUGGGAUGGCCGUCCCUGGUGGCGUCCUUCAGUAUCCUGCUUCUGCUCCUCCUGGAAACGACCCGACUGUCUCUGGCUCCUCCUCGAAUCCAACGCCCCUCUGUCCUUGCGAGCAUCAUAACUGUCAGCCUGGGUUAUGUCCUCUUUUCCGACUUCCUAGUGGCCUACGAUAAUUCCACCAAGUACGCGGUGACAGUGUGUCAACUGCUCUUCAUCCUUUGGGGCAUAUUGCUCUUCUUCGGGUUCAUCUUCGUCUGGUGGAAGAUCCACAGCAACCUCAUGGCUAGUUCUCGAGGUCAGACUCAAACAUCGUCCAACCGAGACAGCAGUGACAGUUCUAAAAUGCGCAAGUUGAACACCAUCAUCUUCGUGAGUGCAACGAUUGGCAUCUGUCUCACGGUUACCAACCUCUACUGGGUGUCCUCAACCCUUGAUAAGUCUUAUCGACCUGAAGCACUUAAACCGUGGUCCUGGUUGGCGUUCAGUACAUGUCAAAGAUUCUUGGAAAUUGGUAUCUCCAUCAUGAUCCUCUUGACAGUGUCAAAGAGCAGAGAGAACAGUAAGGUUGACGAUACUGGAAAGUCUGGCAACACCAUCCCUACUGCCACAGCAUAGGUUUCAUUUAAGAUUUAUUUAUUAUAUUUAUCUUAUAGUUCAUACUUUGAAUGAACUUUGCUUGGCAAUCAUUUAGGAAUCGUCUUGCUUUCAUUUCUUGUAUAAUGUGUUGUUAAUUUCUCUUCAGAUUUCUAAAUGUACAUAUUUACUCGAUACCCCUCUAUUCUCAUUCUAAACCUACCCCUAAAUAUAUGUCAAUUUGUACAUAAUUGUGUUUGUUUAUUUAUUUACAUUUCACAAAAUCUUCACAGCGAUCUCUUAGAGAUUAUCAAUGUUUAUUUUACAAUGUGUUGAAAUUUGGAGUAU